UCGGAAUAUGCGUGCGUUAAAAAUGACGUCCUUACUCUCUGGUUGGUUCUAGUCGAGUGCUGAGUGUAGACAUCUUUAGCUCCAUGUAAAUAUUGUUAGAGAAAUUUACGGAACUCUUUUGGACCUCUCCACACAGGGUGCUGGUUUUAUUUAGGCGCUGUCUGCUGUUAGAGUGCUUCGUGAAAUCGCCCAUAGUGCGACGUAAGCUCUAGAAGGUUCCACAGGGUCAACCACCGGCGUUUGAACAGGAACUGUACAGAGACUAGCCGGACAAGCUAAAUCAUUUACUCCUCUCUAGAUCUAAUAUAUGUUUAUUUAGCUUUAAAAUAAACAAAAAUAGCCAGUCUUUUAACCGUGGACAUGAGGAGUUUGCCGUAUUUUUGCCGAGGACCAGUGAUUCGGGGGUUUGGACGAGGAAGCAAAGAGCUGGGAAUCCCAACAGCAAACUUCCCAGAGUCUGUAGUGGACAGUCUACCUGCUGACAUCAGCACUGGCAUCUACUACGGCUGGGGCCGUGUGAACAACGGAGACAUCCACAAGAUGGUGAUGAGCAUCGGCUGGAACCCUUACUACAAAAACAUCAAGAAAUCCAUGGAAACACAUUUGAUCCACAAGUUUAAGGAGGAUUUUUACGGUCAGAUGUUAAGUGUUGUCAUGGUCGGCUACAUUCGCCCAGAGAGGGGAUUCAGCUCGCUAGAAGAACUCAUCACUGCGAUCCACAACGACAUCGAAGAGGCAAAAAGAAGGUUGGACCUGCCCGAGCAUAUAAAACUGAAAGAAGACAAUUUUUUUAGGACAUCUAUAGCAGCCACAGCAGCCAAUCAGAUCCUGAAUGGUCACUAAAUGGAACUUGCCGCUUUAUCUAGUUUCCCCAUACUUCAGGUUUAUGGGGGUGAACCCACUGUAACAUAUGCAUUGAUGCAUUAUUUUUGUACUAUUUCAUCUUUCAGAAAGGUUUACACAUUAGUUUGACUGGUGCAGACCCUGACUGGCUCGUCCAGGGUUUUUUUUUUUCUUUUUUCUUUUUAAUUUUAUGGAAGACGAAGCAUGAAGGACGGGUUGCGCUGGUUUUUACAGAGAAAUGAAGUUACCUCGGGCCAGUUUAGACCGCCAACAGAUGGUUUUAAGAUGAGAAGCCAGAAACUUCCAGGACUUGAGACUUGUCUAGGCCGGGUCUUUUUAGAUCACUGAUAUUAGCGUACACAAUCCAAGAAAUAUCUGAAAUUACUCAUAUGCUUGAUGACUUGCGAUAAAUUGUAUUUUUAAGAGCUUGGGAUGUAUUUCCUUAUAAAUAGUAGAGUUUUAUUGUAACAGAUGUACUCUGCGUUUAACACUGGAGAUGCUACAUUUGCAAGUGAUGGUUUGUUUAUUAUUUUAAUUUGAUUAGUGUAGACGGAUUAUGCUUUAUGUAAUCAAAGUGAAGGAUCAGUGGGUUUUAAAAUAUAACCCAGAGUCCAGAAAGGGUGUGAUUGUUUAAUUUGGGUACAGUGCUGGAAUUUCUGUCCACCCAAUCUAAUAUAUUUAUUACUGAGCUCUUCUUGUUAUUUACCGGGUUAGACUGGUCACUUGAACUGAAAUCAUUUAAUCCAAACCUCAGUAGCUGAAACACAACUAAGACUAUACAUUUUAGCUUGUCAGUGUCUGAUAAAUAAUACACACUCAUUGAGCACUUUAUUAGGAACACUACACUGUACUAAUACUGUGUAUGGCCUCUGAAAACGUCUGCCAUGUUUGUGUGUUUUGCAAGGCUGUUUUGAAAAUGUUUGUGUGUUUUGCAAGGCUUUUCCGCUCACCGCAGGUGUACAGAGUGGUUAUCUGUGUUCCUGUAGCUUUUCUGUCCAUUUAAACCAGUCUGGCUAUGCCUUGUUGUCAUUCCCUCUCAUCAGUAAGAUGGUACUAUCCACAGAAAUGCUGCACUAGAUAAUCCUGUGCAUGAAAAUAUCGAGAAAAUCAGCAGUUAGAGAAAUACUCAAACCAACCCAUCUGGUACCAACAAUCAUGACAGAGAUUACCUUUUUCCCAAAUUUUUGAUGACUGUUGUGAACAUUACCUGCUGCUGGUAAUACCGGUUCAUAUAUGCAUGAUUUCAUGCUUUGCACAGCUGCCACAUGAUUGGCUGAAUGAAUGAGUGUUCCUAAUAAAGUACAUCUGCUAUUCUAGUUUAAACAUAA